GUGUGCACAUGUGCAAAAGGUGCCUAUAAAUUGCGCGACAUGUUCAGCAGGGAACAGAAAGCAAACAGCAUGAGAGAAGGACACUGAAGGGACUCAUUUACAUUAAGGAUUGUAUAUUUCUCACACUUUGCUGGAUUCUAACUUUCCUGAAGGACUUUUAGUGAGUGGUGGUAUGCUUGCUGGUUUAAAUCCCACUGAGUUUAUGGCCCAAAGCAUUUCCACGACAGAACCACUUCCACAGACAAGUGUACUUCUGGAGAAAACCUGAAGAUUUCUCAUCGCUCUUGCUAACAGCACAGACAUAGAAAUGGUUGGCAUGAAGCCCGCAGACGUGGUGCCCUCUGGAGCAGUUAAGUUCUUCGGAGCGGGAACAGCAGCCUGCAUUGCUGACCUUGUCACCUUUCCACUGGAUACCGCCAAAGUCAGACUACAGAUUCAAGGGGAGUCUCACACUGCAGAAGGUGUCAAAGCCAUGAAAUAUCGAGGAGUGUUUGGCACCAUCACCACCAUGGUGCGCACAGAGGGGCCCAGGAGUCUCUACAAUGGACUGGUGGCAGGCCUCCAGAGACAGAUGAGCUUCGCUUCCGUCCGAAUUGGCCUUUACGACUCUAUGAAGCAGUUCUACACACGAGGCACUGAGAGUGCUGGGAUUGUUACUCGCCUCCUGGCGGGCUGCACCACAGGAGCAAUGGCGGUGGCUUUCGCACAACCGACGGAUGUGGUGAAGGUACGAUUCCAAGCUCAGGUACGGCUGGGGGACAGUGGGAGGAGAUACAACAGCACCCUGGAGGCGUACAAGACAAUCGCCCGAGACGAGGGAGUACGUGGACUUUGGAAAGGUUGUAUGCCUAACAUCACCCGUAACGCCAUCGUAAACUGUGCAGAGCUGGUGACCUAUGACAUAAUCAAGGAACUCAUCCUGAAGUAUGACCUAAUGACGGACAACCUGCCAUGCCACUUCACAGCUGCCUUCAGUGCCGGCUUCUGCACAACAGUCGUUGCUUCUCCAGUGGACGUAGUUAAAACGCGGUUCAUGAAUUCAGGCGCCGGGCAGUACAGCAGUGCCAUCAACUGUGCUCUCACGAUGCUGAGAAAUGAAGGACCCACAGCCUUCUAUAAAGGAUUCAUGCCAUCUUUCCUACGACUGGGCUCCUGGAACAUUGUGAUGUUUGUGACGUAUGAACAAAUUAAAAGAGGAGUGACACGAGCACAGCAGUACUGGGAGUCACCGUUUUGACCUUGUUGAUUGUUGGACAAGACAAAAAUGCAAAGAGCAAUAAUCUAAACGUGUACAAAUGACCAGCAGAGACUCACAGGAAGAGACCUGCAGGUUCUGGCAUGAAGCUUAUCUUCAUAGAGAUUUAAGGACUCUAACAUAAAGAGACAUUUUAUGCACUGUAAUGGUGAACGCCUCCAUUACAAAUAUUCUUUUUCAGGUGUAAAAGACGGACAUAAAAGGGUUAUUCCAGAAGGUUUGUUUUAAAUGUUAACUUACAUACAUACUUAAACCUCUGUUAGUAGCUUUGUUUAUGAAUUUUUUUUUAUGUUUACAAGAAUAUACUGUGAGACUACGUGAAUGAUGUUGUGUUAGGGGAAAUGCACUAGUCAGACUGAGUCUGGCAACAGAGACCUAAACUGUGAUCAUGUCUAUGUUCCUUAAGUGUCUUCCUGCAUUGUGAGUCACGUGAAGUAUUUAUUGUAACCAGGUUGUAGAGUUUAAUUGUAAAUAGCAUGAUUUAUUGCUGGACAAUAAGUCAUAAAUAUAUCAUGCACAGAAUUAAAAUAUCACCAGAAUGGAAACAUAA